UCAUAUAUUGGGUCCUUUUUAAACAAAGGAUUAUAAUCAAACUUUCGUUUUAAACACUUGCUUUCCAUCUCUGCAUCUGCCUUUUUGAUUUCUUCUCUGCUGGAACAGAGUGCUCAAAUUCAAAGAGAAAAAAAGGCAACAAAAGCUUGGAAGGGAGAGCCCAUUUCAUCACUUCCUCCUCCUCCUCCUCUUCUCUCUACUUUACUUGCAUUUGUUCUAUUUGGUAUUUGUUUGUUUCUUUUCCUUAUUCCUUUGUCUCUUUUCGUCUCUGGAAAAAGGAAGAGAAAAACCCCAUCAUGUUUGGCUAAGGAGGCUUACCCAUCUCUUCAUUUUGUUGAUUUUUGUGCUUCUUUGCCUCAUUUUUCCAUUGUGGUUUGUGGGUUUUUGAUCUUAGAUGCUUUGGAGUUUUUCUUAUCUGUAUUUGGAUGCUGUUUUUGAAAGAGGGUUAGCUCUGGAUUGGCUGAUUGUUUACCCUAGAUUAAGUAUUGGCGGCCAAAACAAACCACAGGAUUCAAGUCGGAUUUAGAGUAGAGCUGUUUAGCUAAUGGGUUGUUCUCAUUGGAAUUUGUUCAUGAAGAUCUUAAUUGGGUUGCUCUUGCUCUUCACCAACCCUUUUUGCCUUGGAGAUACUGACCUCCGUGAUGUUGCUGCAAUCAAUGCGUUAUUUAUUGCUCUUGGCUACCCUCCUUUGCGAGGAUGGAUUCUUGUGGGAGGUGAUCCAUGUGGGGAGAAGUGGCAAGGGGUUGAGUGUGUGUUCUCGAAUAUAACAGCGAUACAACUCAGUGGUUUGAAUUUGGGAGGAGAGCUAGGCACUAGCUUAGACCAAUUUGAGUCAAUAAUAUCAAUAGAUCUUAGCAAUAACCAUAUUGGAGGGAUUAUUCCAUCUGCAUUGCCUGCUACACUAAGAAGUUUUUCUUUAUCAGCUAAUCAGUUUACUGGAAGCAUUCCCUCUGCACUUGCCUCUCUAACACAAUUAAUGGACCUGUCAAUAAACAACAACCUUCUUACCGGGGCAAUCCCUGAUGUCUUCCAGCUGCUUAAUGGCUUGAACAACUUGGACUUGUCGGGCAACAACUUGAGCGGUCAGCUGCCUCCCUCCAUGGCGGAUUUGUUCUCCCUUACUACAUUGCACUUGCAGAACAAUCGACUUUCUGGGAUGCUCGAUGUUCUACAGGAUCUUCCGUUGUCGGAUUUGAAUAUAGAGAACAACCUAUUUUCUGGACCUAUACCUCCGAAGUUGUUGGGCAUUCCAAAUUUCAGAAAAGAUGGAAACCCUUUUAAUACUACCAUAAUUCCAUCUGCACCUGCUUUAGCCCCUUCACCAUUUGCUGUGGCGCCUGUUACUGCGGGACGACCAACCAGACAGACGGGUGCGGGUCAGCCAUUGUCAUCAGGGAGUCCUGAAUCCGAUGGAGGAAGGAGUUUUUUCUCUGGUAAGCGGAUCAUUGGGAUUGUUAUUAUUGGAGCAGUAAUAUUAGUGGCAUUGGGAGCUUGUAUUCUCUUAUCGGUAUGCUUGAAAAGAAGAAGCAAGCAUCGAGAAGAGACGAAGAUGGUUCGUGAAAAUGUUGAUAUGGGUUCUAAAGAUAAGCCGAAACUCACGAAGCCCUCGGUUGACGUUGACGACGUGGAGAAAGGUCGAAGGGAGACCACUCUUAAGCCAGUUGAUAGAGACGGGAUGAAGGAUAGAAUAAUGGAUUAUACCUCCCCAAAGCUACACGAAAACCCAUUUGCCUCCAAUACGAGCUUUCGUGAAGACCAUACGGAGAGUUUUCGUGAUAGACGUGACGCAAAUGGGAAGAGAAAAGAUGCCUCCAAUAUGAGUUUCCGUGACGACUAUACGGAGAGUUCGAGCAUAAACAUAGAUGAGUUGCUUGCACGACCUCCUCCUCCCCCUCCAUUUUCGCUCCUUUCAACUCAGGAGAUUGCAAAACCAAUUGUGACAGCCGACGUACCUAGUCGAGUACCUAAAAAACUAAACACGAGUUCUUUAAGAGUUUUCACGAUCGCGUCGCUUCAGCAGUAUACUAAUAGUUUCUCUGAAGAUAAUCUUCUUGGGAAAGGCAUGCUUGGUAGUGUCUAUAGAGCUGAACUACCAAAUGGAAGGCUUUUGGCCGUUAAAAAACUGGAUGGAUCCUCGUUGACUCGUUGGAGCGACGAUGAAUUUCACAACCUCGUGUCUGAUAUAUGCGAACUUCGGCACGAUAACAUUGUGGAGCUUAAGGGCUAUUGUGCUGAGCAUGGACAAUAUCUACUCAUUUACGAGUAUUGCGAAAAUGGCACACUCUAUGAAGCACUCCACGUCGACAAGGAGAUGCAUCAAAAGCUUUCGUGGAACGUGCGCGUGAGGAUUGCACUUGGAGCUGCACGUGCCCUCGAGUAUCUACAUGAGGCCUGUCAGCCGCCAAUUGUGCACCAAAAUUUUAAGUCUGCUAACAUUCUCCUGGACAAUGAGCUAAAAGCACAGCUCUCUGACUCUGGCCUUGCUACACUGCUUGAUAAUCAGUCGUCUGUACGAUUUCUCCCAACUCAUGGUUAUAGUGCUCCGGAAUUUGAGUCGGGAACUUACACGUACCAAAGCGAUGUUUUUAGCUUUGGAGUUGUAAUGCUAGAGCUUCUCACUGGUCGGAAGUCGUGUGAUCGAACACUGCCUCGAGGAGAGCAAUAUCUUGUUCGAUGGGCUAUUCCAAGGCUACAUGAUAUUGAUGCGUUAUCGAGAAUGGUCGAUCCAUCACUUAAGGGCACAUAUCCUAUUAAGUCGUUAUCUCGCUUCGCCGAUAUUAUUUCGUCUUGUAUAAUGAGAGAGCCCGAAUUUCGACCCCCGAUCUCGGAAAUUGUACAGGAACUCUUACAAAUGGUGUAGAAGAAAGGCAGGAAUUGAAAUGGGUAGAAGAUCCGACAAAAUGUUCAUGGUGUACCAAAAUGUUUGAGGAGGCAUGUUUUUAAUUGUUUUAAUCAUUGUUUCAUGUGUAUUACUCAUUGAUUAGUUUCUUGUCGUUGUACAAUGAUGUUUAUAUGCUUACCUAUAUUCUUUUAGGUUUAUACCAACAUUUAUUUAUUUAUUCUUU